UAUGGAUAAAGUUUCGAAGUCCAUUAAGGGGGAUAGUCCCAGCGAUGCGGAGUACACUUUGGAGGAGGACCCAAUCGAAUUCGAGUUGAAAAAGCUGGAACGCGGCAGCGGCAGUUCCAAUGGCGAAAGCGACGAGGAAGGCCAGCAGGAUCAAAAGCAAGUGGACUCCAUCAUCGCCGAGAUGGACGAGCAAAAGGACACGGAACAGGAGGCAGCCGGUGAACAGGAUGAGGAGAGCGAGGAGGAUCUGCGCCGGAUGUAUGAACUAAGUCUCCUCCCGCCCGAGGCCAUGGCAGCCCACAUUCAGCAAAUGGAGAAGGAGCUCUACGAGCUGAGCCAACGGGAAGCCAGGGAGCUCAACCGGAGCAAACACCUGCGCAUCUUUGGCAACUCCCGUCGUCGCGCCAACAAGUGAAGAAGUGACAAAUCUGCUUAUAGCACACUGUAUACUGUGAUGACUUUGAUGGUAUCAAAUAAAGGGUCGUCAGCG